AUGAAUGAAUGCCCAGUUUGCGGCGCAGCUAAAACUAGAAUGGAAAGGCAUCUUGUCGACGUUCAUGGAUUUUCGCAAAACCAAAUUGUGAAAUUUAAGGCUCAGAAGAAAAGCCAAAGAAUUACCGCAUCGGGAAAGCCAAUAAACAACUGUGACUACUGCGAUACCACGUUCAACAGUGUGACAGAGAAAGUUGAUGGUGUGACAGUUGAACACUGUUUCAACUAUCUCGAACAUGAGAUAGUCUCGCUGUUAAGGGAUGGUCUCACCUCACAAGAGAUGAUGUAG